AGAUCUUUAACUAAUAUGAAUGCUAUCACAGCGAUAUGAGAGGGAGAGCAUCAGUGAGAGAGCGAGUGCCGGAGAGGGCGACCGGCAGCAGAGAACGAGGACAGUGGACAUCACAGCGAUAUGAGGGGUUUCAACGUGAGAGCAGGAACCAGCUAAGAGAGUUCUAUGGGGGUUUUGAGAAAAGGAUCUACAACCAAGCAAUCCCUUUCUUUUUCACAAAUUUCCCAGAUGAAUGGUCUUUUGAACAGAUGUGGAGAACUUUCAACAGAUUGGGAGAGGGCAGGGUGAUAGAAAUUGAAUGCCCCAAAAAGAGAGACCGCUUAGGGAGAAGAUUUGGUUUCGUCAGGUUUUUGGAGGUGAAAGACGCUGGACAACUGGAGAGGAAGCUAAACCAAAUUCAAAUCGGGGGGAUCAAUCUUCAAGCUAACAAACCCCGUUUUGAGAAGUCUGGAUACCAGAACAACCAACAAAGAAAUAUGGGAAAGAGGAGGCCGAAUGUGGCCAUGUCAAAUGCAGGAACAAAAAGGAAUUUGACUUAUGCAGAGGUAGUCAAAGGAAACAAUGCAGAUUAUCAAAGUAUGGGACUCAAUGAGGGACAAUACCACGGUGCAAACACCAGAGAGCAAAGCAAAAGGCUCAAAGCGAAUGAUCAAACGAAGUGGAGAUGGAAACCAAAACAGCAACCUCAAACUUGGUCAGGAAUGGAGUUUAAUGUGAAGCAAAAUGAGUAUGGGUGGCUGGAGAAAUGCUUCGUAGGAACAGUUCGCUCGGUAACUUUGAUUCCAACUUUGCAAGAAAAAUUCUUCAUGGAAGGAGUUUUCUUCUGCAAAAUCAGAGCAAUGGGUGGUAGGUUGGUCUUGAUGGAAGGACAUGAUUAUGAAGAUUUGAAAGACCUUAUUGAAACUGGCCAAGAGUGGCUAGGACAAUGGUUUGAGGAAAUCAAACCAUGGAAUCCGACGAUAGUCGCAGCGGAAAGGUUUGCAUGGAUUAGGUGCUUGGGCCUACCUUUACAUGCAUGGAAACCGGAAUUUUUCCAAUCUUUUGGAAGUCUUUGGGGCACCUUUGUUUCACUGGAUGACAGUACCAGUGGGAAAAUACGUCUUGAUGCCGCAAGAUUUCUUAUAGCAACAUCGUCGUCGGAAUCCAUCUCAAAGUCCUUAACCAUAAAGAUAAAUGGGGUCCUGUACAAGGUAAAAUUUUCAGAGGAGGAGUCCAGCAAUGGUCUAUACAUAAUGAAUUCAGAUUUCAAGUUAAAGGGGAGUAAGGAGCAUGAAGAUAAAUGGUCAGCAGAAGCUUCUAAUGAGGAUUCAGAUCAGUAUUCGGGUGAUAUAGAAUCCGAGCAAGCUCAGGGUGAUGAAGAAGAUGAUGACAUGGCAACAGAUCUACGUGUUCCGGAGACAGAGAUAGAAGAUGAGGCAAGAGGAAUAGACACGAGGACACACUUGUCAGUUGACAGCUCAGCAAUAAGGUCGAUGAAUCACCAAAAUAAUCAAAAAGAUCUUGCCGAAGGGAUAGAUGAUGAGGCUUCAGAAACAGGGGGACCGGUUAAAUGUUUUCAAAAAGCAAACGAGGUUACAACGGCUGGGAAGGAAGGCUCAACAAGAAAACAUUUAAUGAUUGCUGGGCUCGAGGAAGAGAGGAGCGGAAGGGGAGCAGAGCGGGAUGUCAGCGAGGAAAACAUCGGGAACGGGGAGUUUUUCAAAAAGGGGGCAGAGGAGGAAGCUUCACAAGAAAGCAGACCAGAGCUCGCAUCGGACAAGACUGCAGUUGCUGAAGAGAGGCAAAGGAAAGAGGGAGAAGAAAUUGAGCCGAUUGGACCGGCAAAGAAAUUGAAUUCGGAGGAUGGGAGAAACGGGCCUAACGAAGAUGGGCCAUACUAUGAAGAAUUAAACUCAUUAUCUUUGGGUAAUGUUAAUGGGCCAAACAAUGAAGAUCCAAACCAAACACCUUUGAGAAAGCCCUCCAAAAAGUCAAAAAAGGCAGCUUCCCACGUGAUGACCGAAAAGGAAGUCAGUUUCUGGAAAGAUAUGGCCGACGAUGCAGGGGAGAUGCCAAACUAGACCAAAAAGGGGGAGGAAAAAAAGAAGAAACAGCAGAAAAGAAGAGUGAAGACCUGCAGAUCGGUCUACAUUCAAUCAGGCGGGCUUAAGGGGUUUCGGCUACAGAAAAAUAAGAAAGGGAAGAGGGCAGU